GCCCCUUGUCGGGCUGCUUGUUUGGCUGCUGCCGUCACCUCAUGGCGACUCGGGUAGAGGAGGGAUCGCGGGGAAGAGGUGGUGGCGCUGAAGAGGCGACUGAGGCCGGACGGGGCGGACGGCGACGCAGCCCGAGGCAGAAGUUUGUAAUCAGCACAAAGGAAGAAGCUGGGAUUUGCGGGUUAGGGGUGAAAGCAGAAAUGCUGCGCAACUCUCCAGCUAAUGAUAUUCUUCAACAUCAGGACUCCAAUUGUGAUGGCACAACUAACAGACACUCACUGGGAGAUGAGGGCAGCUCCUACAUAACAAACAACAGGAAUAUCAUGAACCCAGCGCACCGCACCAAGGAGUCCCGAGAGGAGACGCCUGGGCGAGAAGCGAGAACCGACCCUCCUGACGGGCAGCAGGAUUCAGAGUGCAGUCGAAGCAAGGAGAAGACCUUGGGAAAAGAAGUUUUAUUAUUGAUGCAAGCCCUCAACACACUUUCGACUCCAGAGGAGAAGUUGGCAGCUCUCUGUAAGAAAUAUGCUGAUCUUUUGGAGGAGAGCAGGAACGUUCAGAAGCAGAUGAAGAUUCUGCAGAAGAAGCAGGCCCAGAUUGUGAAAGAGAAGGUCCAUUUGCAGAGCGAACACAGCAAGGCCAUCUUGGCAAGAAGCAAGCUCGAGUCUCUUUGCAGGGAGCUUCAGCGCCACAAUAAGACCUUGAAGGAGGAAAAUAUGCAGCAAGCACGAGAGGAGGAAGAACGGCGUAAGGAAGCAACAGCCCAUUUCCAAAUUACGUUAAAUGAAAUUCAAGCCCAGCUGGAACAGCAUGAUGUGCACAAUGCCAAGCUGCGCCAGGAAAACAUUGAACUGGGGGAGAAGCUCAAGAAACUCAUUGAACAGUAUGCACUGCGGGAAGAGCAUAUUGAUAAAGUGUUCAAACAUAAGGAGCUGCAACAACAGCUUGUGGAUGCCAAACUUCAGCAGACGACACAGCUCAUAAAAGAAGCUGAUGAAAAGCAUCAGCGGGAGAGAGAAUUUUUAUUAAAAGAAGCAACGGAAUCGAGGCACAAAUAUGAGCAAAUGAAACAGCAAGAAGUUCAACUGAAACAGCAGCUUUCUCUUUAUAUGGAUAAGUUUGAAGAAUUCCAGACGACCAUGGCAAAAAGCAAUGAACUUUUUACAACCUUCAGGCAGGAAAUGGAAAAGAUGACAAAGAAAAUAAAAAAACUGGAAAAAGAAACACUAGUGUGGCGUACCAAAUGGGAAAACAAUAAUAAAGCACUUCUGCAAAUGGCCGAAGAGAAAACAGUCCGUGACAAAGAAUAUAAAGCCUUUCAAAUAAAACUGGAACGGUUAGAGAAGCUGUGCCGAGCUCUUCAGACUGAACGAAAUGAGCUCAAUGAGAAGGUAGCAGUCCUCAAGGAGCAGGUCUCAGUGCGAGCAGCUGACAUGGACUUGGUGCCAGUGUCACAGGCCUGUGCUGCCCUGGAGUCCCACAAGGAGUCAAGCUUGUCUGCUGGUGGUGCUCCUAGAGGCCCUGGGGCGGCGGAGCCUGAGGCUGGCAUAGAGACCCUCCCCGCUGGCACAGUUGCAGGCGUUGAUACCGCUGACUAA